AUGGACUUUGACGACGAGGCCAUGCGCCAGCAUGUGCCAGCCUCCUUCGGGAAGCAAGAUGGUUCCGUAAACGUCGAGGCGCAGAUUGAGCGGUGUCGGCGCAAAAUCGUGGACGAGAGCAAGGCGCAGGCUGCGGCGGAGCUGGAUUCGGACAAGGACAGCGACGACGAUGAUAGCGAUAGUGAUGAGGAUGAAGACGAGUUCCCGGUCUCGCACGAGCUCAUCAUCAAGACGCACGAUCGCGCUGUUACAACAAUCACGCUCGAUCCGUCGGGCACGCGCUUGGUGACGGGCUCCAAGGACAGCACGCUCAAGCUGCACGAUCUGUCCGCACUGACGCCCACGACUAUCCGCGCAUUCAAGACGGUCGACCCCUUCGAGACGAAGCCCUCGGCAGCGGCAGAGGCGCAUGCGAUACACCAGGCCAUCUUCGGCCCGCACUCGGGUGGUCAGUUCCUGGUCAUCACGGCAACACCGCAGGCGAGGUUGUUCAACAGGGAUGGCGUCAUGCUCAAGGAGUACGUCAAGGGGGACAUGUACCUGAGAGACAAGCUCAAUACGAAAGGACACACGGCCGAGGUUACGAGUGCAGCAUGGCAUCCGUACAACAGGGAUCGAUUUGUCACGGCUGGAACUGAUAGUACGGUGCGAAUAUGGGACGUCAACAAGAGCUUGCAGCAAGAGCAGGUUGUGGUGCACAAGUCGAGGGCGGCCGGCUCAGCAGGCUUGACGAGGAUGACUGCGAUUGGAUGGGGCGCGGCGGGAGAGGGCAACAAGAGUGUCAUCGUGUCGGCUGCGCUGGACGGCAGCUUGGUAAUGUGGGGUGGGGAAGGACCGUAUCAUCGACCGCUUGGGGAGAUUAGGGAUGCCCAUGCCAACGAUACGUGGACGAGCGGGCUGGACAUCAGCGCAGAUGGUCGAUUGGUAAUCACUCGAGGCGGCGACGACACCAUUAAGCUCUGGGAUACGCGCAAGUUCAAGACGCCCGUAAACACAACAUCACACCCUUCGACCUCUUCCCAGUUCCAAACAUCAAAUAUCCAGUUCGCACCAAACUCUGCGAGCGUCAUCACCGGAUCAGAAACGGGACAUCUCCACAUCCUCAACCCUGCGACGCUCCGACCGGAGCUCGUAACUCCAGUUACGCCAGGCUCGCCAUUGAUCACGGUCAACUGGCAUCCCAAGCUCAACCAGAUCUUCACGGGCUCAGCCAACGGCCAAACAACCAUCUUGUUCAACCCCAAGCUCUCCACCGCUGGUGCCCUUACCAUCCUCAGCAAAGCCCCCAAGAAGCGGCAUCUGGAUGACGACCCGCACUUCACGACCGACAUGGACCCGCUAGGCAUGUCUGGCGACGGUAUUGAUGCUGGAGGGAAACCGGGUCCUACACCAGGCUCGUUUGCCGCACGGCAUCCCACCGUGGGUCUCACGGCGUCGGGCAGAAGCAGAGACCCAAGGAGACCGCACAUCCCCCAGACUACGCCCUUUGCUAAGAGCACGCCGACUGAGAAUUAUGUGAGGGACAACAUUGAACUGAGCAGCAUGCGGGACGAAGAUCCACGCGAGGCGUUGCUGAAGUAUGCGCCCAAGGAAGGCGAGAAGAACGUCUUUACGGGCGCGUGGGAGAAGACGCAGCCGAAGACGAUAUACAAGGACUACGAUAGCGAUGAGGAUGAGCCGGAUGCUAAGAGGGCGAAGCGAUGA